UGGAAAGGUAGAACUUAACACCGUGAAGAAGCGGCGUGAGACCGACUAAGCACAUAUAAAUAAAACCACAAGAUCAAAACAAAACAAAAACUCCCAAAAUUUACAAACUCAUAACUCAAACAAACACAGUCACUUCCAUUAUUUUCUCUCCAGAUCCAAAACUCCAAAUAGUGCAAUGGGGAUAGAAGAUUCAGAUAUUUGUGUCAUCAAGGAGCCGGAUCAUGUCGUUGUCUAUUCUGAAGGAAUUUCGCAUGAUACAGUUCAUGAAACCGGACCUGAUAAUAAUGAUCACAAUAUUACAGUGUCUUAUGAGCAUAUCAAUGAGACUACGGAACAUCAUAGUUCAGGGGAGAGCACAAAGGAAUAUGAGGUGAAGGAAUGUACAACUGAGGUUUCUGUUAAGGCCUCUGAUGUAGCUAAUGUUAGAAAAAGCGAUGAGAAGUUAGCCUCGGAUUUUGAGGGUGUUUUCAAUGGGAAAAACUCGAAACUGCAUAAAACAAGGGGUAGUGAGAAGGCACGAGAUACUGCGAAGCAUGGAGCAAGACCUUCUGUUGGGGGUAUUCGCAGUAAGUCUAAUGGAAGUGUUCAAAUCAAACCUACCGUACCGCAACCAUUUUCCCUAGCAACUGAGAGGCGUGCUACAAUUGUAACGCGUCCUACUUUUGAAGAAGAUAACAAGGGCGGCAACGGAGUAAAAUCUGUAAAUAAAAAGAAAGUGCUAACUUCCAAUAUGCUCAAACAGAAUCAGUUGAAGCCUCCUUCAGUCGCAAGAAAACCGUUGAAACCUGAUAACAAGAAGCAUUCUGAUGAGGACGAUUCUUGUUCAGUUACAUCUAUAACUGCUGCUUCUGUGCAAUCAUACAAGUCCAGGGCAACUGUUGCUUCUGCUCCAAGCUUUCGGUCGACUGAGCGUGCACAAAGAAGGAAGGAGUUUUAUUCAAAAUUAGAGGAAAAGCAACAAGCAAUGGAAGCUGAGAAGAAUCAAAGUGAAGCAAGGAGCAAGGAAGAGAAAGAGGAAGCCAUCAAACAGUUGAGGAGGAGUUUAAAGUUUAAAGCAAGCCCUAUGCCAAGUUUUUACCAUGAGGGACCUCCACCUAAGGUUGAACUGAAGAAGCUACCACCGACACGUGCAAAAUCUCCAAAGCUGGGCAGGCGAAAGAGCAACAGUGGUGCAAAUAAUUCAUUUGAAGGGGUCAAGGAGAAAGGCGCUGUUGCUCAGAGAAAGCAUCGCACGCCGAAUGCUAACAACGGUAACUUGAGUAAUGUGAACAAUGACAGUGGUGUGGAUGGUCUCGAAAACAAGAUCGAGCAUACCGAACUGAUAGAAGAAAUUAAUCCGAUCAAAGUGAGUGGACAGGCGGAUAUGGAGAUCAGCAGUCAGUCAAGUUUUCAAUGAGAUUAGUUUUUCAUUUCUAAUUUAAGUGUUUCUGGGGAAUGGAGUAUUGUUUCUUGCAACUUUCUGAAGGGUGUUGUUGACUUUAUUUCCUUUAACUUAUAAGCACUUGUUUCUGUGUGCAGUGUUUGGCAUGUGAAAAUAUUUAUUUGUAAUUUAUCUCAACUUAUUUUGUAAAAAUGAAAAUCCUAUUGCUCAUAGGAGCUAUUUAAGCAUUGUUUGUCUGAA